AUGACCGGAAACGAAGAAGAAAUAGAAAAGAAGCAAGAGUCAGACAGAGAUGAAGAGAUUGAAAGGGACGAAGAGACCAAUAGAGAGGAAGAGACCGAUAGGAUGGAAGAGGCUGAGAGGGAAGAAGGGACCGUGAGGGAGAAUGAGCCUGAGAUGGAGGAAGAGACUGAAAGGGAGGAAGGGACCGAGAGGGAGGAAGACCCCGAGAGGUCAGGAUGUAGAAGAAAC